AUGCAUUGUGCCGUUUCCUAUUUGGUCGCAGUCACAGGCUUUGCGAGCCUGGCCUUUUCGCAAAGUAUCUUGAAUGGUACUGUUGACGAGGUGUCAGUUCGUUGGCUUGAGGGAGCACCAAGCGUGAACUUGGGUACCACGUUUGGCUUGCCUUGGCCUCGUGGAAAACUUUCUGCAAACUCAACCACCUUUGCAGCAGCCGAUGCACAAGGCGAUCAGGUCCAACUCCAGUCAUGGAUCACUGCAUACUGGCCCGACGAAUCCAUCAAGUGGACUGGACAUGCGAUUGGCGCAUCAGAGUCUGUGUCGGAAGAAUAUGUCGUGAAGCCGUCCAGUGCUGCCUCCAACUUGACGGAAUCCACCUCCAAGCGCAGAGCAACUGGCCUGAUAGUCACUGAGUCCAACGACGACAUUGCGGUCAACACAGGAAAGAUUACUGCCACUUUCAAAAAGUCAGGGUCUGUUUUGAUUAGCUCUAUCGAAAGCGCCAGUGGCAAGACUAUUGGCCAGAACGGCUUGCUCGUACUCCAAUCCCAGUCCUCGAUUGUGGACGAUGAUUCAACCGGAAGUCAACCGGACAAGUUGGCCUUUGAGAGCGAAAUUGAGGAGACUACCGUGACCGAAGAAAACGACGUGCGCAGCCUGGUGACUGUCAAGGGCAGACACCAUUCUUUGGCUGGUGGGCAUCAAUCAUGGCUACAGUUUACUCUCCGAUUCUAUCUAUACCAGGAUUCCGAAGCAAUUAGAGUUGUCCACACGGUAAUAUAUGACGGAGAUCAAGAAAAAGACUUCAUCACAGGUAUUGGAAUACGCUUUGAUGUUCCAUUAUCCGACCAACUCUACAACCGCCACGUUCGCUUGGCCGGGGUUGAUGGGGGGUUCCUCAGUGAAGCAGUCCAGGGCAUUACUGGUCUCCGACGAGACCCUGGACAGGCGGUUCGUGCUGCGCAAAUUCAGGGCGAGGAAACCCCUAAUAUCACUACCUGGGACACACGAGUGUCAUCAGCAAUACAAUGGAUCCCCUCGUGGAGUGACUACAGUCUGACGCAACUGUCUCCUGAUGGAUUCACUCUCAAAAAACGCACAAAGGCCGGGUACACUUGGAUCAACAUUCCAGGUGGCAAUCGUUCUGAAGGGCUUGCAUAUCUUGGUGGUGCCCUUGGAGGCGGCUUAGCUAUCGGCCUACGCGACUUCUGGAAACGCUACCCGACUGGUUUGGACAUUCGAAAUGCUGCCAGUGAUGUAGGUCAAAUCACACUGUGGUUGUACAGUCCAGCAGGCCCUGCUAUGGACCUCCGCCCAUUCCAUGAUUCCAUGGGAGAGGAUACCUAUACUGAACAACUUGCCGCCUUGGAUAUCACCUACGAGGACUGGGAGGGAGGAUAUGACACUCCGUAUGGAGUUGCCAGGACAUCAGAAGUAUUUCUAUUUGGUUUUGACUCUACCCCCUCUUCCGAUGCCCUGGCAGACUUUGCGGCCUACAUGAAUGAGCCUCCCCUGCUAGUUGCCGAACCCGACUACCUCAAGGACACCAAAGCCAUUGGAACGUACUGGAGCACUCCGGACAACUCUUCUACUGCUUCAGAGACUAUUGAAGAGCAUCUGGAUUUCCUCAUACAAUACUAUCAAGGACAAGUCGAACAACGCAAAUGGUAUGGGUACUGGGACCACGGAGACAUUAUGCAUACAUAUGACGCGGAUCGACACACUUGGCGCUACGAUGUUGGUGGCUACGCAUGGGACAAUUCAGAAUUGUCGCCCGAUUUAUUCUUCUGGGCAUACUUUUUGAGAACUGGCCGUUCAGACGUAUUCCGGUUUGCUGAGGCCCAAGUACGACACUCUUCCGAGGUGGAUAUGUAUCACAUUGGCAACUUCUCAGGUCUAGGUACGCGACAUGGUGUUCUUCAUUGGGGCGACAGCGCAAAACAGAUCCGCAUCUCGACAACAAUCUAUCGCAAGGCGUUCUAUUACAUCUCUGGGGGCGAUGAACGCAUCGGUGACGUAGUUCACGGUGUUCUGGAUGCCGAGCAAGCUUUCUACCUGGUUGAUGCUAGAAGAAAGGUACGACCAGCCAAUGUGACAUAUGUCCCUGAUCGUGAGGCUCUGUAUAUCAAUAUUGGUCUCGACUGGAUCGGCCUUGUGGGCGCAUGGCUCAUGGAGUGGGAACGACACGGUCCCCGUUGGGAAGAAGCCAAAGCCAAAUUGUACAAGGGCAUGGAAGGAAUAGUAGGGCUCAAGUAUGGGUUCGUCACGGGUGAAGCGCUGUACAAUUCCAGCGACGGUUCCUGGUCACCACCACCCACUGACCCCGAAAACAACGGCAUUGCCGUACUGUCGCAUCUCGAUGCCGUCUUUGGUCUGCAAGAAAUCAUUACUCAAUUAUAUGAUCACACCGACGGUGACCUGCCGGAAGGAUUUCUCGACGCGUAUCUCGAAUACUGCUACUACUAUGGAGCUAGUAGUGCUGAACAAGCGGCUCGUUAUGGCAGCAAAUUUUCCGGUCUGAGCCUGUAUCAGGGGCAUUCACGUCUCACAGCAUACCUCGCUUCCAAAACCCAGAACGAGACACUUGCAGCGCGUGCCUGGAGCGAGUUCAACAAAGACGGGCUUUUGUCAACGUCACCAUGGGCCACUGUUCAUAUUGCCAAUAGUUCUGUUUUGGCUCCCAUUGAUGAUGCUGGCUGGCUUGCUACCAAUGAUGCUGCACUUUAUGGAUUGGCUGCCAUUGAGAACUUGCACUACGUGGGGAGCUCGCUCCAAUAA